AGAGUACUGUGAUACUGUGAAUCGCUAAAGUGUAUUUUAGAACAGUGAUUCUUAAUACAAGUUGCCCCGUAAUGAAUGAUUAUCUUAAGAUAACUGAAGUGUUUUAUAUAUUACUAACCGGCACCUUAGCGCCAAGGCUAUCAGAUACGGCGUCUCUCUCUCACACCCGGCUGCACUGGACGUGUUCGUUGCUCUCUGUUCUGUAUCUUGUGGUGUGGUUACAGUGCUGUAAUACAGAGUGAUAGGUAUUAUAUACAUAUGUCUGUGAGAUCAUACUGUCGAAUUUUGGGCUAACUGGAUAUUUUUGUGACAAUUUGUUUACGAAAAUUAUAUAUAUAUAUACAAGUUGGACCAGAGCUGUAGUUCAAGGCCAGGAUGUGCAAUUAGAAAGUGGAUCCAUUAAGUGGAAACACUGUGUUGCUUCUAGCAAUCUGCGGCCUACCUUGCAGCCGUCAAUAUUCUGAUUAUUUCUAGUUGGCACUGAUCACAGUCAUUGAUCAAUUGAUCACUGAGGGGGAAUUGAUCACAGUUUCCACCUAGCUAGACUCCACCUUCAGAGAGCCACAGGUGUCCUUGGCUUUACCUUUACCGAACAAGAACUCAAUUCAACUCACUUCCAUCACAAUGGCAGAUGUGAAGGUUGAUCCGAGAGAUUGCACAGUCUGCUUCAAGAGAUAUGAUGACGAUGGACACCGUCCGCGGGUGUUGACCAGCUGUGGUCAUUCCUUCUGCUCAACCUGCAUCACCGAAAUGAUCAAAGACAACAAACUCCAAUGUCCAAAUUGCCGUGCAUCAUGUGACGUGUCAACCGUUGAUCAACUACCAGUCAACUUUGCUCUGCUUGACAUUGUGUUGGGUGAUUUUGUUUCACCCGAAGACUCGUCAUCAUCGGUUAGUGAUACACAAGAGAAAAUGUCUCCCAAAGUUAAUGGUGGGCUUUGUGAAGAUCAUUGUCAGUACAAGUUGUUCCGCUGUACAACCUGUGACUUGUUUAUCUGUCACCUGUGCACCAUUACUGAGCACCCAAGUGCCUCCUGCAGCAUUGUCUCCAUUAAGCAAGCUAUAGAGGAAAUGAAAGCUGAUGAGUUAAGUGUUGCUAAUUCCGAGCUCACCAGCUGUGAAGAAGUGACACAGCAUUUGGAAAUCUACGAAGAACAUUUGGAUAAGCAACUCAAGAGUCAUGAAGACCAAAUAAGAAGGUUGAAAGCAAGUGUUGAACGCCACAAUGAUCUUAUUAAGAAAUUAGGAGAAGAGCGUUCUAGGGUGCAGGAAGCUCUAGAGGAGAGUAGCAAGAUGCAGGACAUGGUUAAGACCUCAGAGGAUGAUCUCUCUUCCAUCACCAGCUUGCAGGAGGUUCAAGAUGCAGUCAUCCAGACCAAGAACUCUAACAAGACUGCCAAAACUUGGAGAAUUCAGUGUGUCUCAGAGUUCCCUGAUAUAGAAACUCUCUCACUCUCACUCAAGCUGCAGGAAGCGACAGGUGUUGCCUUGAAGGCCUUGAAACAGAUGGACUCAGGAACCACCACUGCUAAAGCAGUCGCCACCACUGAUUUACUUUCAAUUGUUGAAAAGAUUGAUAAACUUAAACAAGAAAUGAAAAAACCGCUCAAGAGCUCUAGCAAGAAUGAUAUAGUUCUUGCUAAUACCUCUGAUAGAGCCUUACAAUCAAAAUUGAGCACUACUGUUAAAAAGUCAACGGACCCUCAAUCAUCGUCAAAUUACAUUAAGUCAUCGCAAGGUUUUUAUGAACAAACACCUAGAUCAUUUCCGAGCUACAAAAACCAAGACCCAAAUUGUUUGGUUAGUCAGGUAAUCAGAUAUAACCCGACCUAACGACCAACUAUAAUCAAGCUACCACAGAAACCAUGGCCAAUGCUGGAAUUGAGAAAAGUAGGGGGUUUUACUUAUGACAAGUCUAAUUUUAAUUUAAGCACAGAAUUAAUAUAAAAUAUAUAUAUAUAUAUAUAUAUAUAUAUAUAUAUAUAUAUAUAUAUAUAUAUAUAUAUAUAUAUAUAUAU